AUGGGGAGCCUCAGGAACAUUAUGAAUGUCGAUGACGACCACGUCGACUCACACUCCAUAAGAAGAGACCGAAGGCCGACUUCGAGAACUUCUAUCGAUCAAGAUCUCUCCGUCCCCAUGCCCAGAUAUAAUAUCCCGGUGGAUCUCUCAAGGCAAACAUCUCCCCCUCACAUCCUCCACCCUGCAGCGCCACCCCUGGGAUAUAACAGCCACCCUGGCGGUCGUCGACGCAGCAACACUAGCACUGAUUCCAUGGACUCUUCCUACGGACAGAGCCAGAACCAUCCAUCGUACUACACAGGAACAGCAAUGAGGCCCAUCAUGUCAGGAACCGGUUCAGGGGAUCACCCUGUCAAGCUGACGCCCAUUACUGGGAGAGUCAGUCGGGCCAAGAAGGGUGUUCCAGUUCAUACUUGUGAUGUCUGCCGGCCUCCAAAGACCUUUACUAGAGCUGAGCAUCUAAGACGACAUCAGUUGAGCCAUCAACCACCCGAAUUAUGUUGCACAGUCUCCGGUUGUAAGAAGGUCUUUUACCGAAAAGACCUUCUAGAUCGACACCUACAGAGACAUGGCGAACACGAGGGCAAAUUGAACAGAGACUCAUCACGACGACGACGUUCCGGCAGCAGCCCAUCUCGACCUUAUAGUAGCUCGCCACCGGCACCGACGAGGCAAGCGACCUCUCCCUAUAGCGUUGGAGCUGCCGCCACACCGGCUCCAAGCGUAGGAAUUGUCUCAGGUCACUGGUCAUCCGUCAACAAAUCAACACCGCAAGGAAACACAAUGCAAUCACCACACAUGCGAGACACACAUGCGUAUCAGAUGGCGGAUAUGAGUGUGGUCGACCCCAUUACUGCCGUACAGAUGCCAACCUCCCGGGUGGUCCCCUACGAUGAAUCUCGUCCUACCGGGCUGGGUGUGCUGAACCCUCAGGUUCCAGAGUUGUGUAUGUCUGAAACGACACCACCAAACAUUCCCUGGACAGAUAGCUCGGGCAUUCCAUCGACUACCUCAGGGAGUGCCUACUCGACGCCGGCAUCUGGUAGCUCCAAGUUCCAACAGUCGUCAGCUCGGGCUCAUAACGCGGAGUGGAGCGGACAGAUGCCGUCUUAUACAACAUCCCCAAGCCCUGUCAUCACUGACAAUGGCUAUCCCAUCUCUUUCACUUAUGGAGCUACCCCUCCACAGCUCUAUUCUUCAGUAUAUGGGGAUAGCUUGGGGGCUCCAUUUCCUAGCUACGAGCACAGCGCCAACCUUUACAGCCCACAUCAGAUGCUUGACACUACAGUCCGUAGCAUGUCUCCGCCACAGCUGAUUGUAGGUCAGUCUGCGGAGACUAUGAUCGCGGCGCCGGCUGCAUUGCCUGCGGAUCGUAUGAUGUAUCCUCGCACUUGUAGCCGUGAGCCUGUAGAUGCUCUCGGUCUGUAUACUUUGAUGCCGACAGCUCUGAGCCAUGGAAUUCGAAGCAUGAUCCCGACUUACAUCGAGGUAUACUGGGAUAAAGUCCACUCCAUGUACCCCAUCAUCCACAAGCCGACAUUUGAAAACCCGACAAACAUGCCCGAGGAGCACCUGGAGAUUCUUCAGUGUGCCAUGGCAGCCAUUGCCACUCAAUUCCUCGAGCACGAGGAGCACCGCGCCAACGGGCACCAGCUACACACCUAUGCUAUGGACAAGGCAAAGAUUUAUACCAACUCUGGCACUCCGGAAUGGCCACUGCCGAUCAUGCAGGCCACGCUCCUGUGCGAAUACUACGCUCGUUUCCGGGGAAGGAACAAGAAGGCUUAUCAGCCGUCGCCUCGCUUUGAGGCAUUGUAUCAAAUGGUCAUUCACGCACAAUCUACUUUCCCGCCGAACCUGGGGCCCUGCGACGCCUCUCAGCAAUGGAGGAUGUGGGUUCAUAUGGAGUCAAAGAGGCGUCUCUUGUCUGCCUGCUUCUUACUCGAUGUCCAUGCAAUGUCCUUCCUAGAACAGCCUCGUGUCUCGGUACUUGGCCUGGACUAUUCCGACCCCGCGACACUCCCAAUCCCCUUGUCAAUGGGCACGCUGCUCCAAUGGGACGCGCAAAACUACCAAGAAUGGAGCAACGUCACCCAAGCUGCCCUGCCAGCGACUGUCGGGACGACCAUUCUCGAGACCAUUUCUGCCGCGAAUAUUGCUUCAAUCCCAGCCUUUGACGCCUCGCUGUUCCUGGUCGCACACGUGCUGCAACUCCCCCAGAGACAAUCCCUCACGAAGAUUAACCUCUUGGAUGAUGCAUCUAGUAUCAGCAUGAGUCAUUUCAGGAUCAUGAAUCUGUUCCCAUACUCUCCAAUUGCAAUGUCGCAUCUUGCUCUCCACUAUACCCCGUUGCACACAUUGCUGUCAGUGUCUGGUGACAGUUGGGUUUUCAACAAGAAGGUGCUGCAGGCCACCGACUUCAUGGAACACCAGAGACAGCUGGAGAAGUGGCGAGACUCUGGCAGCGCUGCUGUUGCAGCUGCCUUUGCUGCUCGGGCUCUCAAACUCUUCCUCGGCCUGCAGAGGUGUGUUAACAAGGACGGAAGCGCCUCGAUUCCACCUCAGUUCCAGCGCACACAGCAGAAGGAGAUUUCUGACUUUUGGGGCAUUUACGUGUGCGCUCUUAUCUGCUGGGCAUUCGGACAUGUCGGCAUCAGCCGCACCGAAGCCAAGGCGCCGACGCGGAGGGCCGCCAUCCAGUGGAUUUUGAAGAUGUCGGACAUGGAACCUGGUCGCAUCCAGCAAAUGUCCGAGCAAGAGAAACAAGUUGGCUCCGGCGCUGUCAGUCUCGCGCGCGCGUCGCUCGAGAAGGACUGUUUGGGCGGAAGAAACAUUUUGCUUGCCGAUGCUGUUGGUGUUUUGAAGAAGCUAGAGGAGGGCGAUAACUAUAGACGAUUUUAA